UUGAUAAUUUAGUACACUCGAUAAUGCUAUGCGAAAUCGCCGCCGGUAUUCGUUCGCACUGUGGAUGUCAAUGUAGAAUCGUAUUUUCACCAUAUUUUGCUGUUUUAUGAGAGCUGAUCAACAGAGAAGCUCCAAGGAUGUAACGGGUCAUUGCACUGUGUAGUGCUCUAUUUCUCUCUCUGUCCUCACCUUUGACCUAACCUUUGACCCAAUUUAGUUACCAAGUUACCCCUAUCACUGAUUACUAGAGGACCAGAAAACCAAAUCCUGGUCCUCAUUAGCUCCAGCUGAAAGAAGGCGUCUUCAGCAAAAAUGGCAGCGUUUAAGAUCGCCCCACCAAAGAAUGGCAUCUAUGUCGUCCAAGGAGAGAUGCAAUUGGUUGUCACGGCGAUGAGACGGAGUUCAAGAUGGACGACCCAUCUUCCCCAGGAGGAAGAGCAGGAUCCAUUCUUGGUAAACUUCUCAAGGUUGAAAGCAAUCCUUAACAGUAUUGCAGAACUCGGCGCCAUUGAGCCUAAUGUAUUUCUAGGCCCGUUCCUUGAUGUGAUACGCUCAGAUGACACGACUGGACCUAUCACCGGUUUGGCCCUUUCCUCGGUCAACAAAUUUCUCUCGUAUGGCCUUUUAGAUCCCAGUAUAGGAGGAGCAGCACAAGGCAUUGAGAACAUAGCUGAUGCUGUAACACACACCAGGUUCGUCGGGACCGAUCCUAGCUCUGAUGAAGUCGUCCUCAUGAAGAUCCUCCAGGUUCUGAGAACGUUGCUGCUGACACCGGUGGGAAUGUUACUGUCCAAUGAAGCUGUCUGUGAGAUCAUGCCAUCGUGUUUCCGCAUCUGCUUUGAGCUUAGACUCAGUGAACUGUUACGGAAGUCGGCUGAGCACACGCUGAAUGAUAUGGUCCAAUUGUUGUUUUCAAGACUACCUCAAUUCAAGGAAGAGAAGCUCUCUGGAGUCAGAAAGUUGAAGAUGCGGGCAGGUGGCAUCGGAGACUCCUCAAGGAGGCGGAGGUCCCGCCAGUCCCCCAAGGUCCGGCAGGGAAAGAACCGCCUCUCCACCACCCCUAUCGAGGAAACCUCCCCCUCCCUUUCUGCACCCUCCAAUGGGCCCUCCCCUUCCGCUGCUGCUGCUACAGUGGUUAGUCCUCAGUCCUCAGGUCCCGCCUCCCAGGCUCAGGGAGAGACGGGCUCGGUACAGUCUUUGGGCGUCGCCGAGAGUAUACCAGAGGAAAGUUCAGAAAGAGAUAGCGGAGAUGAAUCCCAGUCAGCUCAGGACCUGGACAGACCCUCAUCCCUAGCAAUACCAGAAACGGGAGAAGGAGGGGUAGAUGGGAAGGAUGCCUCUGCAUCAGAAUGCGAGACACCGCAGAUGGGCGGGGUCAUAUCAGUCUCAGGCGAGCAGCGACUGGAUGAAAGCAAGACUGAAGAUGGCAAACUUUCUUCAGCGGACCAAGAGAUGGCGGAUUCCGGUGUGGAUGGUGCAGAAGACACCGAGUCCAACACGGACUCUGCUUCUUUACACGAAUCAGAGUACGUCAAUCCGCAGGGCAUCCGCUUCACGCCGCAACAGAAACAAAAACACGGAGCAGGACCACCGAUCCCGUAUGGCCUGCCGUGUGUAAGGGAGCUUCUCAGGUUUCUCAUCUCCCUUAUCAACCCCCAUGACAGGCACAACACUGAUCUGAUGAUGCAUAUGGGUCUAAGCCUCCUUACCAUCGCCGUAGAAACGGGAUGCGAUCACAUUCCCUCCUUCUCCACCCUCAUCGCUCUUAUCAAAGAUGAGAUGUGCAAAAACCUCUUUGCACUUCUCCAGACGGAAAGGUUGUCCAUCUUUGCCGCAUCCCUCCGAGUUUGUUUCUUCCUCUUCGAGUCGAUGAGGACCCAUCUCAAGCUACAGCUGGAGAUGUUUAUCCAGAAACUUACAGGUAUCAUCGUCUCGGAGUCUCAACGCAUCCCUUACGAACAGAAGGAAAUGGCACUGGACACCCUUGUUCAGUUGUGGAAGAUACCGUCCCUCGUAUCAGAACUGUACCUCAACUAUGACUGCGAUCUCUACUGCAGUAACCUGUUUGACAACCUUACCAAUCUCCUUUCAAAGAAUGCGUUUCCAGUAUCAGGAUCGUUGUACACCACCCAUCUGCUCUCUUUGGAUGCCCUACUGGCCGUCGUGGACAGCAUCGAGGCUAGCUGCCAGCAGAGGAUACUCUCAACAAUGUCCUCGGUGACAUCGGACGCUACCGAGAGGUUUGCCACCACCGUCCCUGAUUCGGGUGUCAUGAUACAGGUCCAGGAGCCUAAUGAAGAGAACGGAUCUGAGAGCCCAUCGCAUCACGAAACAUCGGAUUCGGAGUCGACCCGCAGUGACCACUAUGCCAACGUGGGUCCUCCAACCACUGGUUACGCUAUGGGACAGAUCAUGGCACAUGCACUCAAGGAGAAGGAACUGGAAGGGUCACCAGGUAAAGAACAUGCAGCGGACAAACCCAAGACGACCCCAAGCAGAAAACAGAGCCGGUUUUCGUCUUCACCUAACCUACCUACUCAGGAGGAGCUGGCUCAGCUCAAACACAGGAAGAAGCUCUUGAAUGGUGGUACAGAGCUGUUCAACCAAAAACCCUCGAAGGGGAUAGCAUUCCUGCAGGAGAAUGGCCUCCUUCCGAACCCCUCGGACCCUCAGGCCAUUGCAGCGUUCAUCAAGGACAACCCCCACGUGGAUAAGAAGCAAAUUGGUGAAUACAUCAGCGCCAAGAAGAAUGCCAAGAUCCUGGACCCUUACCUAGACUUGUUUGGCUUUGCAAACACCAGGGUCGAUGAAGCCUUGAGGAUGCUCUUGGAGGCGUUCAGGUUACCGGGAGAAGCACCGGUCAUUCAACAUCUUCUGGAAUGCUUUGCUGAUAAGUGGCAUACUUGCAAUGGCCACCCGUUUGCCAACCAUGACGCUGCGUUCACACUUGCCUAUGCUAUCAUCAUGCUCAACGUGGAUCAGCACAACGACAACGCCAAGAAACAGAACAUUCCCAUGACGUUAGCUAAUUUCAAGAAGAAUGUAUCCAAAGUGAACGGAGGGAAUGAUUUUGAUCAAGAUAUGUUAGGCGAGAUAUAUAAUGCAAUCAAAAAUGAAGAGAUUGUCAUGCCUGCCGAACAGAGCGGUCAGGUCAAAGAGAACUAUCUCUGGAAGGUCCUCCUCAAGCGUGGUCAGAAGCCGGGCAGUGAGUUCCUCCACAUAGACGACGGUCAUCUGGACAAGGACCUGUUCCUCCUUGCCUGGGGUCCGACCGUUGCAGCGCUCUCCUUUGUCUUUGAUAAGAGCAUGGAUGACUCCAUUACACAGAAGGCUCUUGCUGGAUUCAGAAAAUGUGCAAUGAUUUCCGCCCACUACGGCCUAACCGAUGUCUUUGAUAACUUAGUCAUAUCCCUCUGCAAGUUUACUACACUUCUGAACUCACUAGAGACACCCGAGGCGACAGCCAUUGCAUUUGGGUCUAACAUGAAAGCCCAGGUCGCGGCCAAGACCGUGUUCAGCCUUGCGCAUCGUCAUGGGGACAUCCUGGCUGAGGGCUGGAAGAACCUCCUAGACUGCAUGCUCCAGCUGUUCCGUGCCAAACUCCUGCCGAGCGAGAUGGUGGAGGUGAUGGAUUUUGUGGAUCCCUCUGGAAGGAUAUCGCUCAUCAGGGAAGAGAUGCCUACUGUCAAGUCUGAUAUGUCUCUCUUGGGUUCCUUCUACUCCUACUUCUCUCCUGAUUCGUCCGCCCCCAAGGGUCCCACCCCUGAAGACCAAGAAGCAAUAGAAGAAGCCAGUAACUGUGUUGAGGAUUGCCACCCGGAGCACCUGAUAACGGAGAGCAAGUUCCUUCGUCUGGAAUCGCUCCAGGAGCUGGUCAAGGCCCUGGUCUGUGCUUCUCAGGGUCCAGAGGCCGUCGACGCCCUAGGCCUGGUCUUUGACGAGGAGGCGGCCAUCUUCAAUCUGGAGCUGCUCCUAAGGGUCAUCCUAGAAAACAGAGAUCGAGUGAGUGCUUUCUGGACCGCUGUAAGGGAUCAUUUCUACACCCUGGUGGUGACCAUCUCCACCCCCAGCUACCUGGUGGAGCGCGCCAUCGUUGGUCUGCUGCGACUAGCAAUACGACUCCUUAGGAGGGAGGAGUUCUCAGGGCAGGUACUGACCUCCCUACGCAUGCUGCUCAUGAUGAAGCAAACCGUCAUCUUUGCUAACUGUCGUCAGAUUGCGUUCGGUCUCUUUGACCUGCUGAGGACCAACGCUGCAAACAUCCACUCCUCUCAGGACUGGUUCACCCUGUUCUCUCUGCUGGAGUGUGUUGGUGCGGGUGCAGCGCUGCGCCCCUUGGUGCAGCAGACCAAUCCCAUGGAGGAUAGCGGGUCAGGAGAGAUUGAUCAGAGGUCACUAGGCGAACCAGAUGCCCAGUCCGACAGUGAGCUAUCGGCCAGCCGGGAGACCCUUGCCUCUGACCAUGGGUACACCUCGGACAGUGAGCUCUAUCGGAAGUCUAGACGGAGUGGCAGUGAGUCCGAGGGAAGCACCACCAGCAGCUGGCUCGUUGUAAAGAAUUCUAGUGAGGAGUCAAGCAGGCCACUGGUCAACCAGUUCCAGAUUGCCCUGGAGAUGGACAUCUGCCAUCACGACACCAAGUCCCUGACCAAGUGCUGCGAAUCCCUUGCGUUCCUGGUCAGGGACGCCGCCCACGUCACUCCGGCCAACUUUGAGUCCUGCGUCCAUGCCAUCAGGAUGUUUGUGGAGGCCACAGUGAACGGGGGAAAACUGAGGCAUGAGCAUCGAAAGCACCCUAAAGAGCGGAAGUCCGGCAAGAGCCACAAGGGCAGUGCCAGGGUCAAAGGUCGCGACAUGUCCAAGACGAGGUCGGUGCCGGACAAGAUGUCUCAGAUGAUGGGUGGUGAAGGAGAUGAGGGUGAGGAUGAUGGUCCACCAGGCGGCUACCAAGCACUGUCCAUACAGCUCCUUGAUCUGAUGCAUACCCUGCACACGAGAGCAGCAUCCAUCUUCAGUUCGUGGGCUGAAGAGGAGGAGCGAGAGGGCCAGCAGGUCACCAUCGAUGCUGGAGCUAGUGCAUUGUGGGUUAAGUGCUGGUGUCCACUCUUACAAGGCAUUGCCAGGCUGUGCUGCGACACCAGACGCCAGGUGCGCAUGCAGGCCCUGACGUACCUCCAGAGGGCGCUGUUGGUCCAUGACCUCCAGACCCUGUCGGCGGUGGAGUGGGAGUCGUGCUUCAACAAGGUUCUGUUCCCUCUCCUCACUCUUCUGCUGGAGGAUACGCACGAUCCCGUCGGGAUGGAGGAGACGAGGAUGAGAGCUGCUACUCUGCUGUGCAAGGUGUUUCUUCAGCACCUGACACCACUGCUCUCCCUGUCCACCUUCACUGCUCUCUGGCUGACUAUACUGGACUUUAUGGACAAGUACAUGCACUCGGACAAGAGUGACCUCUUGUUUGAAGCUAUCCCUGAAUCUCUGAAGAACAUGUUGCUUGUCAUGGACACUGCCGGAGUGUUUGGGUAUCCAGAGCCGGGUUCCCAAAGCCAUCAGCUCUGGAUCAACACCUGGGAGAGGAUCGAUUGCUUCCUCCCGGGCCUCAGGAAUCAGGUCUUCACCCCUCAAGAAACUGCUCCCGUUUCCAAGCCCAAGUCUGAAGCCAACGUUCCGAAGCCAGAUGUCAUCCCCAGAGAUGGAGCCGUGAGUCCCAUUCAGAAUGGACCUUCUCAAGCAGCCCCCGACAAUCCAGAUAUGCCAGCCACUGCCCAGCAACCAUCUCCCCGCUCUGGGACCCCCUCCCCCUCCCCAGCCACCCAGUCUACCGAUGCCACGCCUCCACCACUGGCCUCCAGCCCCUCUCCACCACCACCACCACCACCACAGACCACGCCCGCUACCCCAGACACCGUGCAAUCCAACAUAAUCCUUCAGCCACCCCUCCCCCACCUCAUGCCCCCAGGGACGGGUAAAGAGAUCGGAGGGACCAUCCCCAUAUUGCUGGACCCCAGCGUGCUUCAGGGGUCACCGGUGCCGUUCAUAGCAGUGUCACAGUCCCAGACCGCAACAACAGGGAGCUCCUAAAGAUACAAGCGUUUAAUGAAGCAGCAUGUAACAAGAUGGAGGUGCAUGUUACGUGGGCUCCCUACUAAUUUUUUCCAUACCAAUCUGGAUCAAAUUUUUUAGGGUAUGUCCAUAUCAAAGUUUUGAAAUUCUUUGGGAGUCAGGACCUAAAUGUAUCCUGGGCACCUGUUAACGGCAAGCUCUGUAUGUUAUACGUUGAGAGAGUGCUUGGUACCACAAACAAAAAUGAUUUUCUCAAUCUCAUAUAUCCCUAGAACUUGAAACUACUACUUCUGUCAGGUGUGACUGAUACCAGAUUAGGAAAUUUUGUAGAAAGUCAAAUAUUGUUGUGCUUGUGACAUGCCUAACAUUGGACCGCAUGUGGAGGUCAAUUCAGCCUCAUGUAGGAUACAUGGGAUUCAGUUUGGGCCUCAUACUAUACCUCCUAUCUCCUUCCAACUUGAAGGUUUGUGCAUUUUAACACACUGAUAUAUAAGUGCUCAAUUAAUAUGAUCAACUGAUGAGAUUUUCCUGGAACAUUGCUUUUCUAAUCGCACAUUAACUCUUUCGGAGUAAAUGUAAAUCUUUCAUGAACAGUUGGAAAUCUAUAUUCUAGAUACAUGUAUAUUGUACAAACUAGGGUUAUGCGAGUGUAAUGUAGAGAGAUUAAAUAAUGUACAUGACAGAUGAAAGAUAUUUUUGAAUAGUUGAGUAAACUGUGCAUAGAAUACCAUUGUAAAUGUCUACUGUAUCAUAUAUUGCAAUGCCACUGUGAUAUGUUGCAGGUGAUAUCUGAUUUUGAUGUGGAUGAAAUGCACUUGUCUAAACCCCAAAGAUUUUAUCUUAAAGCUAUUUAGCAAUAUAAAGUACUGCUUAAAUUGAAAUUAUCUUCUUCUUUUUUCUGUAGUAUUGUCUCAAAAUUCUGAUCACCUAUGAAUUUAUUUACAUGUAGUGUAUUUUUAAGUUAAUGGUGCAUGCCAAUUAUAUUAGAGACAUUUAAUGAAGUUUGCAACACACUUGCAAAAUAAGUUAAGUAGUGCUUUUUAGCUUUAUAAUUUCUAAAUUGAUAUUUGAAAAUGAUACUUACGGGCUAGUAUAAGACGUUAGACCUUGCUCGUCAAUCGAAUGUAGUUGCAUCGAUUUUCAUAACAUGAAUUCCUUGACUGACAAACAGUUAUUUUAAUUUAUUUCAUCCACCCUAGAUCAUUAUGACAAUGCAAUACUCUACGUCAUGUUGUGAUUCAAUUGAAAAAUUAACGAUCUCGCUACAUUCAGAAUACAUCAUUCAUGUCUUUUAGAAUAAAUUAAUGAAUAUGUACAUGUAAAUGAAAAUGUUAUGCUCGUCUUACUUUAGCAUUUAAUGUUAGUUAUUUAUUUUGUGCAAUUUGUGGAAAGUAAACAUUUGACAAAUUUUGUUUAGCAGCACUUUUAAAAGAAGGCACUUAUUGAAUGACAAUGUAUAAAUGAUUGAAUGCAAGGAAUUUGUGUAAGUUAGGACUGCGUGUGCUAACGCUUGCUUGCUAAAUGGACAGUUAAGAUUAAAAAAACUGCUUGAAGAAAAGAGUUGUGAUAAAAUCUCCCAUUUUAGAUAUAUUGAGCCAAAUUUGUAGAUAGAUAACACGCUUACUUUUCUCCUUGAGUAACCACUUGUCAUUUCUUCAGAAACGCUUGUUAAAAAGUAAUAUUUAUUGUACAAAAAAUAGCAAUGUGGCAUUGCACUACUUUAGAGGAAUAUUUAUGACAAGAUUGCAAGAUUAAGAUAUAAAGAUAAAGAAAUUAUUUUAUUGUUUUCUUGAGUAUGUACUUUAAGUAUUUUUCCUUAACAUAUAUUAGCUUUCAUAUUUUCCAUUUUCAUAGUGUUAUUUCAGAAAAGUACCGUACAUGGAAUACUGGGUAUUUGAAUACAUGCAUAACCUAUAUGCCACAUAUUAAAUAUUCAUUAAAUACAAUAUAUUGAAAAUUUAAAAACCACUCUUUGUAAAAUAUGGAUACCUGAACUUGCCAUGCAUACAAAAAAUGGGGGAAAAACAAAAUUACUAGUAAAGCCGACCAUAUGGGUCCGAAAUUGCAUAGCUGGGGUGUUUUUACAAGUACUGUAUGAAAAUCUAGUUUGAUGCGAUUUAAAAAGUAUGAUAUUAAUAUUUAGAGGAACUGAAUUUAAAUACAUGUAUGUAAUAAAGAAUAAACUUACAUAUACCUUAAGUACUACUUGUAGAGAAGAAUUUUAUAUAGGUAACUUUCAAUGAAAGAUGGACCAUGCAUACAUCCAGAAACAUGUUUGUAGGGUUUUAUGAUAAAAAUAUUUUUGUUUAUUGUUGUGUGCAUUAUACAUGCACAUGUAUUUAUAUUGGUUCAUACACUGCCCCCAUGGAUAGCAUCAAUUUGUUUUACAAUUCAGGCAUUCUAAAGGCAUGUGGAUUGUAGGAUAAGAUAAAAGUAUUUAAAUAUUUGACUGUUUUUAGAUUACUAAUAACAUGUUCCAAAGCAGAAUUUGUUUUAUGAAUUGGAGGGGAUGCCAUUUACAAAAUAUAUUAACAUACAAUGAUUUAUAUUAUCCUUUGCAACAUGUACUAGAAAAAAGGUUUAAAAAAAUAUAGCUGCCUGUACAUCUACCGAAUAUGACCCUAUAACUUGUUGGUACAAGUAGCGCAUAUAUAUAGCUAUUUUUAAAACCUUAAACCAACUUGAAAGAAUUGUUUUAUAGUAAGAAAAUUGUGUUUUAUAUAAAUGUGUGUGUGACUAUGAUUUUGCACAGGGAGUACAGAAACUGUACGACUCUAUUGCAUGCUAUUGUUAAUCAAUGAUUGAUUUAGAUGACUUUAAGAUAUUUUUCCAUGUUUAAUAGUAUGAAACCCUUGAAAAAUUGGUAUCAUUUUACCAAACAUGUACGUUAGUGAACUACCACUGUAUGAACACAUAUAUCUUUAUACCUGGAGAACAACUUUGAUCCUGUAGAAAAAAUAUUGUCCAGAGUUUAAAUUGCAUCAAAAUGCUCAACAUUGCACAAUGUACUGUGGGCAUUUUAUCUUUCAAGUCUGUUAAGGAGAUUGCCAUAUUAUAAUAUAUAUACUAUGAUAUGUUUGUCAAGACAGAUAUUGGUUCUCACUAGCAAGAUUGUUAUGGGGCCACGUUUUUAACCUGUACCCAAUCCUGUGCUCCAGUGGAAAUAUUGCACCCAUUUUGCCAUGAAGGAUAAGGAAGUUGGUGCAUCUGCCAUUCGUAUGAAACAACUUUGAAUUUAUUUUACUCUUAUUUUUACAGGGUCAUGCUUAAUGAAAACCUCACACCCUAUCUAUUCCUUUUAUACAUAUAUAUAUUAUCUGCCAGAUAUUAUCUGCCAGUAGUAGGGCCUCUUUGCCCCCUCUUUGACUUGAUUUCAGGGCUAAUUAGCCCUUGUAGGUAUUGCUAUUUCACCCCCUUAUCUGAUUUUUUGUUUUUAUGUGAUGUUUAGGGUAGAGGUCAUGAAAUGUGUAUAUCAGAUGUAUGUACAAAAUUAUAUUGAAUAGUGUAAAUCUGGAUAUUAAAAAGAGCAAAUAUGAACUGUUUAGAUGAACACACGAGA